GCGCGCGGCGGUGCCUGAGGUGAUGGACCCGGCUGAGGUGAGUGGAGGGUCCUUCAAGACCUCCGCCACCCGGACACGGCGGUUGGUGAGUCCUGGGGUGCCCCGCCUGCGUUGCUCUUUCCUCUGGAGUGUAGACCCGCGCCGGCGGGUGAGUGGAGAUUCCCAUUUCCAGGGCGAGUGCGAUGAGGUGUGGAAGGGUUUCCCAGGCAUAGGAGUACUUGUACCCACGCCUGGAGAUGAGAACGCCUUAGGAGAGCUCAGGGAACAGCAGGUCUCUGUUCUGAACGGGGAGACGGGAAGCAGAGGGCCCGGGCUCGGGCUCGUGCUGGCGGCUUGAGCAGUCGAGGGAGCCGGGUUUGGACGGUUUGGACGGUUUGAACGGUUGGCACCGACGAGGGAGGUGCUCUGACGCAGCUCUUGCCAGGCUUCUUGCUGGCUGCAGAGUGAAGAGGUGGAGAGGUCUGGUGGUGGGCUGAGACCCGGAUGGAGUCCGCUGCGUAGUCCGAGGGAGUGUUGAUGGCAGGUGGACAGGGGGGCCGUGGAAGUUAGGGCACCAGUAUGGGCUUUUGUAUAUGUUCUGUUAGCAGGGCUCACCAGAUUUUCUGAUGAGCUGUAGUGAUAUCCUGGGAUUCUUUACCUGUUCUUUUCUCUGUAUAUGAGUCUGGGGCUGGGGCUGCAGGGUGGUCAUUUAUAGCAUAAUGUCCUGAAUGCAGGCUAGAAAUUAUAUGAAUUUCUCACUAUGGACAGCCAAUAGAAUGCGGACCGGUAGGUAUAGUGAGCCCAGGGACAGGCAUGUGCAUGUGCCAGUGCUUGGAGCUAAGAUUGAGUUGGCAGUGCUCAGGGAACCACAGGCCUUAAUUGUAUCUAUUGAGAACAUAGGACUUGGGUCGGAUUCAAGCAGGAAUGCUGGGCUGAAGACCUGGGCCUCUGCUUGGAGUGGAGAAAGCCGCGAAAGACUCAGAGUAGAAGGAGGAAAUGAUCUGUCUCAGAUCUUAAUAAGCUCCCUCAAGGGGCCAGUACUGUGGUGUAGCAGGUAAAGCCGCCGCCUGCAGUGCCAGCACCCAUUUGGGUGCUGGUUGGAGUCCCGGCUGCUCCACUUCCGAUCCAGCUCUCUGCUAUGGUCUAGGAAAGCAAGAAGAUGGCCCAAGUGCUUGGGCCCCGGCACCCACGUGGGAGACUCAAGAGACUCCUGGCUCCUGGCUUCAGAUUGGCGCAGCUCCUGCUGUUGCAGCCAUUUGGAGAGUGAGUGAACCAGCAGAUGGAAGGCCUCUCUCUCUCUCUCUCUCUCUCUCUCUCUCUCUCUCUUUCUCUGCCUCUCUGUAACUCUGCCUUUCAAAUAAAUAGAUACUUUUUUUUUUUUUUUAAAGCUUCCUCUGUCUUUCAGGGAAACAAACAGACUGUGAGCAUGAGGUGGGAUUGUUGAUGUUAUCUUGCCCAGGUGUAUGACUGUGAAGGUGAAAGAAAUUGGGGAAUCUUUUUUAGUAGGUACCUGGGUUUUCUAGUGAAAGAAAAGAAAGAGUCAUGGAUGACCCCAGGAAGUGGAGAAAUUGAUGGCAUGAGUAAUUUUUAGUGGUUCUAACAGGAGUUAGGUUUGGCCAUGUUUAGUUUGAGACAUCCCAAGAACUCUCGAGUUGAGGCCUCUAUUUGAACACUAGAUUUAAGUCCUGGGGAGGGGUUUUGUUGGAGAAGUACAAAAGAGACAGCCAGUAUAUGUAGUGGGGUUGGGCUGUGGGAUCUUCAAGUCAUGGUGGCAGUACCAUUAGUGAACUGGAAAGGGGAAACUGAGGACCGAGUGCUGGGCCUGUUGUGGAGGCACAUGGGUGGCAGUGCUGCAUGUUACAGAGACAGAGAGCACUUCCUGGAAACUGCAGAGUGACAUGGGGGAUGCCGUGGGGGUGCGUGUGGUGUAGCCAGAAGAUUGUCAGUGGCGAUGGGGAGCCCACAUAGAGGCAGAUGUGCUCCACAGAGUGAUGUACAUAUGUACACGUAGGGAGAGCGUGAACUGUCAGCCGUCUGGCCCUGGUAUUGCUGGCCUGCCGGAGAAGGCUGAGCUAAAGUGUGGUCAGAUUUGGGAGGCGUAAUCUGAACAACACUUAGGAAAACUGGUUGGCACGAGAGCGUCUGAACCCUUCAUACCAGACCCAGAGUUUGGCAGCAUCCAACCUGCCUGGUUUCACCUUGUGUGAGAGGAGAGAGAGUCGCUCGUGGGAGCAAGGUCCGGCAUCUCUUCUGAGUUAGGCUGGAGACGAGGGAUACCGCAGGCCGUGGAUAUGGCUGUGUGACCUUUGAGGAUGUGUUUGUGUACUUCUCCCCGGAGGAGUGGGAACUCCUUGAGGAGACGCAGAGGUUCCUGUACCGUGAUGUGAUGCUGGAGAACUUUGCACUUGUGGCCACAGUGGAUUGUUGGUGUGGAGCAGACAAUGAGGAAGCAUCUUCUGAGGAGAACUGUGUAGAAGGAGCGUCACAGGUAACAACUCCUGAGUCAGGUCCGUUGAUCCAGAAAGCCCCACCAUGUGAGAUGUGUUCCCCACUCUUGAAAGACGUUUCCCAUCUGGCUGAACGCCAGGAACUACAUCCUUUCCACAAAUUAUACACAUAUGAACCAUAUGGGAGAGGAUUCUCAUUCAGUGCAAUGUUUUACCAGCAGCAGAAGCAAGAUAAUAUGGACACUUCCUUCCAAGGGGAUGGUGGAGGGGCCUCAUUUGUGAAGGACCGUGCAGUUGAGACAUUAAUGAGACCUCUUAGAUGUAGGGAGGAAGAGAUGGACUUGCCAGAUAGCUCUGGCUUCUUCCAAAACAAGACCAGUCCAUGCAGAAGGACUGAGUGUGUGGAGUCAUUCCCACAUAGCUCCAGUCUCAGGCAACACCGGGGAGACCAUCAUGGACAGAUGCUUCUCAGUUGCAAUAAUGAUGGAAAAGCCUUCCUGAAUACCUGUACAGCCUUAGACAACCAGAUGACUCAUACUGGGGUGAGACCCUUUAGAUGCCUCUCAUGUGGAAAUGUGUUCAAGGAGAAAUCAGCUCUCAUUAAUCACAGAAAAAUUCACAGUGGAGAAACAUCUCAUGUGUGUAAGGAGUGUGGAAAGGCCUUCAUUCACCUGUCUCACCUAAGAAUGCACCAGAAACUUCACAUUGGAAAAAGACAUUACACAUGCAGUGAGUGUGGGAAAGCCUUCAGUCGCAAAGACACGCUUGUUCAGCACCAGAGAGUUCACACUGGGGAAAGAUCUUAUGACUGCAGUGCAUGUGGAAAAGCCUACAGCCGAAGCUCCCACCUUGUUCAGCACCAGAGAAUUCACACUGGAGAAAGACCCUAUAAGUGCAGUGAGUGUGGGAAAGCCUUCAGCCGUAAAGACACACUUGUUCAGCACCAGAGAUUUCACACUGGAGAAAGGCCUUAUGAGUGCAGUGAAUGUGGAAAAUUCUUUAGCCAAAGCUCCCACCUUAUUGAGCACUGGAGAAUUCAUACUGGGGCAAGGCCUUAUGAAUGCAUUGAAUGUGGGAAAUUCUUCAGCCAUAAUUCUAGCCUUAUUAAACAUCGGCGAGUCCACACAGGAGCAAGGUCUUAUGUGUGCAGCAAGUGUGGGAAAGCCUUCAGCUGUAAAGACACACUUGUUCAGCACCAGAUAAUUCACACUGGAGCACGGCCUUAUGAGUGCAGUGAAUGUGGCAAGGCGUUCAGCCGUAAAGACACACUUGUGCAACACCAGAAAAUCCACACUGGAGAAAGGCCGUAUGAAUGUGGUGAAUGUGGAAAAUUCUUUAGCCAUAGCUCCAACCUUAUUGUGCACCAGAGAAUUCACACUGGAGCAAAGCCUUAUGAGUGCAGUGAAUGCGGGAAAUGCUUUAGCCACAACUCCAGCCUCAUUCUACACCAGAGAGUUCACACUGGAGCAAGGCCUUACGUGUGCAAUGAAUGUGGAAAAGCCUAUAUAAGUAGCUCCCACCUUGUUCAGCAUAAGAAGGUUCACACUGGAGCAAGACCUUAUGAGUGCAGUGAAUGUGGAAAAUUCUUUAGCCGCAACUCCAGCCUCAUUCUACACCAGAGGGUCCACACGGGAGAAAAGCCUUAUGUGUGCAAUGAAUGUGGGAAGGCCUAUAGUAGAAGCUCCCAUCUUGUUCGUCACCAGAAAGUUCAUACUGGAGAAAGGCCUCUUGAGUGCAAUAAUUUUGGUGACCCUUUAGCUGCAUCUGGUAAACUUGUAUAGUACCAGACAAUUCAUACUAGAGAAAAAGGUUUAUAAAUAAAGAAAAUGUGUUAUAUCCUUGCUCAACCUAACAGGGACUCACACCAGAGAAAAGCUCUAAGAGUAACCUUGAUGACAGGACCACCAUUCAGCUGAUGAACCUUGUACAUUCAUACAUCUAUCCUGGAGAGAUUCCUAAUAAGCACCACGUAUGUGGGAAGUUUUCCUAAGGUGCAUUGGGCUGUCUAAAUGUCCAGGGCUCUUGACAGAGUUAUACCACUGCCAGUGGCUGUGGCAGAAGCCAUCUUAUUACUACCAGCCUUUGUGUCAGUCAUUCCAUUUUGCUCAGGGAAGGCAGAUCUCUGUGCUCUGUUAUUCCUUUCAGGGAGUCAUGAGUGUUCUGAUCCCAUUGAAGGUCCUACUUUAUCCCUCGUGAUUAGGUUCUGAGUGGAUAUGAUCCAGCUCUGGCUGAAAGUUCUAGAUGAGGUUUCCUUUUUUCAUGGACAGUGCUGACUGUAAACAUGAAAGCUGUGAAUUGUUUAUCCUACUGCCAAAUAACUCAGUUUUAGAACUGUCUAUCCCAUGCUGCUGUGUAGUGCAGCAUUUACUUGUGAGGAUUUUGUUAACUGUGUGAGGUGAGUUGAGAGAAGAGAUGGGUCUGUCAACAGGAGGGAGGAACAUACUUUGUGGGCACAACCUUUGUUGUGUCUCAAAGGGGACCACAGUAUUAGAGAACAGUUACGUGGCCUGGAUGUGACAUUUUCCUGUGAGCUCAGUGUUUAUUCUAGAGGGCAUAGAAGGAAAUUUUCCAUUGCUUCUAAAAAUGAUGUGAGUUGGGUCCUUUGACUGUUACAUAUGUCUCAGCACUGUUAAGGGAUUGCUAUCUCCCAGGCUUGCAUGCAAACCACUUCCUGAUAUUCAGGAUUCUAUAGGCAAGUGCUGUUGACUGUAAGGCCUACAGGGCAAGGUGGGAAUUAUAGUUCGUAUAGAAACACUGAGUUAAUGGAGCAGGGAUCACUGUGACAUAUGAGAUAUGUACAUUCUAAAAGAGAAUCCAGAUGUUCUUACAAUAUGGCUAUGUGAGAUGAGAAUGUACAGAAAUUCUCAAGACCUCCAGAUAUCUGGAGUGGCCAAGGCCACUAUUAGAGUGAAUAAUCUAAAGUGUGGUGGGCUUCUCUGCUUCCCUGGGCUAUUGACUUCGUGGCCAUCACUGCCUAGGUAGGCACGCAAGCUCUGACAGGAGAGAUCCAGGUAUGGGGCUUCUCCGACCCUGCCAGCAUUCCUGGUGACUGAAGUGGACAUGGGCUCCAUUGUUCUCUACUGCUUGCUGACUUUGAGGCAGGGCUCAUUCUAAAUUGUGGGGAGAGAGAUAUAGUAGAGCCAAAAUAGUUGGAAGAUCUGAUUCUCCGAGAGGAAUGGUAGAUAAGGAUUUUGAUGAGGAAUAUUUAAUUCUUAAUGAUUGAGGUAUGGUUAACACACAAUCAAAUGCAAAUAUGUGAGUGUAAAAUGUGCUCUCUGUUUUAUCGUAUGAAGCCACUAUAGUCAAGAUAAUGAUGAAAGUAUCCAACACAAUAAAAAGAUUCCUUGAGUCCCUUAAUAAUUUGUACCUCCCAAUUCUUUCUAGCCCUCUUUCAAUUCACAAACAGCAGCAAGCAUUUUCUAGAAUUUUAUAAGUAAAAUCAUACAAUAUACUUUUUUGUAGGUGAGAUUUCUAGCUUUUUCCACUAACCAAAACUGUUUUGAGAUUAACCCAUCUUGUUGCAUGAUU